AUCCUGCACUUAAGGAUCUAGGACCUAGAGGAAGCUUACACGGAUUUACCCCUGGUCUUUCCCCUCUGUCCCUGAGUGAGGGGGCGGGACUGCAGUAACUGUCCAAUGAGACGCGCCGCUGGGAGGGGCGGUGCGCCACCUCGCAAAGUCACCGAAGGGACAGGGCUCUCAUUCGGGAUGGUUUGUCCCAGCGACUGCCAGCUCGGCCCUCUUCCUCCAUCCGUGUCCUGCUGUGCCCCGAAGAGAACCGGGAACCGGACGCGGACGUCACUAGGACCUCCUGGGCAACGAGAUGGUGUGACAGUUACCGAAGCCUCAGUGGGGGUGGCACUUCCAGGUCAAAGCUGGCCCGGCUACCCACUACACCUGUGAUAAAUCUAUCAAUGAGUCGGACAUGGUGGCACCAGCUGCAAUCCCAGCAUCUGAGAGGACUGGCAGGAAGAUCAUGAGUCAGAGGAUGGCCUGGCGCAGCAGAGCUGGACACUGUCUACAGCCAACAAAGCAGCUGCAGAGAGGCUUAGUGGGACUUGGUGACCUUUGAGGAUGUGACUGUGAACUUCACCCAGGAUGAAUGGGCUCUGCUGGAUUCUUCCCAGAAGAACCUGUACAGAGAGGUUGUCGGGGAAAUCUUUAUGAGCUUGGCUUCUAUGGGAGAAAGAUGGGACCAGAAUAUUGAAGACUGGUACAGAAAACAGGGGAGAAUCUUAAGCAACCAUAUUAUAGGGAGACUUGGUGACAGCAAACGAGGCAGCCGUGGUGGCGAAACCUUCAGUCAAAUUCUUGACCAUGAUCUGAAAAGGAAAAGCUCUACUAGAGUUAAACUCUGCGAAUGUGGUGUGUGUGGAGUAGUCUUCGUGCCUGGCUCACCCAGGAGUGCCCUCAGUGCUCACACUAGACAGGGAGCACAUGAUUACAAGUGUAAGCAACGUGAGGCAGCCUUCCGAAGUAAUUGCUCUUUGCAGAUCAAUGACAGGUCUCACGCUGCAGACAACCCUUCUGAGCGUCGGGAACACGAGGCAGCCUUCCUUUCUUUGACCAGCCUUGGGGAACUCGUUAUAACUCACACUGAAGGUGGACCCCAUAAAUGUAACGUGUGUGGAAAAGGUUUGCACUAUCCCAGCUCACUCAGAAUUCAUGAAAGAAUUCACACAGGAGAGAAGCCUUACCAGUGCGAGCAGUGUGGAAAAGCCUUCAGCUGUUGGGGCUCAGUUCGAAGACAUCAAAGGACUCACACGGGGGAGAAACCCUACAACUGUAAGGAGUGUGGGAAGGCCUUCAGCUCUCUUUCAGGCCUUAAAGGACACGUGAUAAGGCACACUGGAGGGGGCCCUUAUAAAUGCAAGGAGUGUGGAAAAGUCUUUAAUUCGCCUAGCGCACUUAGUAAACAUGAAAGAACUCACACGGGAGAGAGACCUUUUUUGUGUAAAUACUGUGGUAAGGCCUUCAUUUGUUCAACUUCAGUUCGAAAACAUGAGAGAACUCAUACUGGAGAAAAACCCUAUGAGUGUAAGCGAUGUGGGAAGGCCUUCAUUUCUAAUUCAGGCCUUCAAGGACACAUGAUCAGGCACACUGGUGUUGGGCCUUAUAAAUGUAAAUUCUGUGGGAAAGCCUUUGGCUCUCCCAGUGCGGUUCUAAGGCACGAGAGUGCUCACGUUGUGUAGGAUUCAUGUGACUAGAGCUGGGAAAGCCUUCACUUUUGGUCAUUUGAGGACACGUAAGGUAUCUGAGAAAAUCUUUUACUAUCCUAGUUCAGGUACAGAAAAGAAUUACUGGAGAGAAACCCUGUUUAGAGAAUAUGGUAAAGCUGUAAACUGUUAGAUUUUAUCUAGAAGGCAUGAAAAGGUUGGAGAAAAAGCUUGUAAAUAAAAAAAUAAAACGUGUGUGUGUGUGUGUGUGUGUGUGUGUGUGUGUGUGUGUGUGUGAGAGAGAGAGAGAGAGAGAGAGAGAGAGAGAGAGAAACAGUUAUUUUGUUGAGGUGGGCCAGAAGAUACAUAGAAGAUGGGUUCUUAAGUUAGCCAUAAUGGCACAGGCCUUUAAUCCCAGUACUGGGAGGUGGGGCAGGAGAAUCAGGAGCAUGUGGUCAUCCUCAGCUAUGUAGCAAAUUUGAGAUCAGCUUGGGUUACAUGAUACCCUGUUUCAAAGGGGUGCCACAAGCCUUUAAUCCCAAUACUUAAGAGGUAGAGGCAGGUGCAUCUUUGUGAGUUCGAGGCCAGCCUGGCCUACAUAGUGAGUUCCAGGCCAGCCAAGUCUGUAUAGUGAAACCCUGUCUCAAAGGGCUUGAGGGAUGCUCAGUGGUUAAGAGUGCUUGCUGUCCUUCCAGAGAACCCAAGUUCUAUUGUCAGCACCCACCUCGGACAUCUUACAACUGUGCAAGUUCAGCUAUGGGGAAUCGCAGCUCUCUUCUGGCCUCUGCAGGCUCUGCAUUCAAUAUACAUACACAUAAUUUUAAAAAGAUGGACGAUUUCUCCAGUUAGCACCUGGGGGACAGAUUACAGAGGUUUCCAUCGAGAAGGCCCUGGGGUGGCAUGUAAAAAUGUUUGAGGGCACUAUUCUAAUAAGUACAAGGCCUAUGGAAAUGUACCUUUAAAAAUGUAUUGUGCAGUGGGCAUGUGUGGAGGUCAGAGGGCAACUCUGUGGCAUUAGUUUUCUCCUUCAACCUUUACAUAGGUUCCAGGGGUGGAACUCGGUUAUCAAGAUUAGCAGCAAGAAUCUUCACCUGCUGAGCAUCUUGUCAGCCCAGCCAUUUCUUUUUGUGUGUGUGUGACUAUAUCUUGCUAUUAGGAUGUCCUGGAACUCAGCAAUCCUCCUGCCUCAGCCUUUGAAGUGCUUUGGGAGUAACAUUUGAAAAAAAAUUUUCAUUGAUGUGUGGGUGUGUGUUUGGGGGUCAUGUGCUUGUGGAAAUUGGAGAUCAACUUUAUGAUAGAGUUUAUUCUCUCCUUCCUUUACAUGGGUUUUGGGAUCAAACUCAGGUUACACUUGCCCAGCAAGUGCCUUUACCUGCUGAGCCAUCUUGUCAGCCCUAAUUGGUUGUUUUUAAUAUUUUUUUUGUUUUUGCCAGUGCAAGUAUGGAGGGCAAACAACAACCUCUAGGUGUUGGCCUAUCCCAAAUUGUUUGAGUCAGGAUCUCGUGUUUGCAUAUACUAUGCUAGCUGGCCCAGGAGCUUCUGAGAAUUCUGUUCUAUACCUUCCAUCUUGCUGUAGGAGCAUGACAAUUAAAUCACUACUGUGGUGGUCUGAAUGAGAAUGGCCCUCAUAGGGUCACAUAUUUGAAUACUUGGUUCCCAAUUGGUGGAACUGUUCGGGAAGGAUUAGGAGGUGUGGUCUUGUUGGAGGAAGUGCAUCACUAGGGAUGGGCUUUGAGUCAAAAGACUCAAGCUAUUCUGAGCCUCUCUGCUUCCAACUUUCAAAUCAAGAUAUAAGUUCUCAGAUGGACCUACCAUUAUGCUUUUGCUCCACCAUCCUGGAUUCAUCAUUUUCUAAAGCUGUAAGCCCCAAAUUAAAUGCUUUUCUUUAAUAAGU